CGAUGAGGUCAGGCGGCCAUUCGAGCUCACGGCAGCUGCAUAAAGGCUGAGACGAGCGAGAUCCUCCUCACCCAGUCGCCUCCUUCGUUCAGCUAAAACAACGACAUGCGUGAGUGCAUCUCCAUCCACGUGGGGCAGGCUGGCGUGCAGAUCGGCAAUGCAUGCUGGGAGCUCUACUGCCUGGAGCACGGCAUCCAGCCCGAUGGGCAGAUGCCGAGUGACAAGACCAUCGGAGGGGGCGACGACUCCUUCAACACCUUCUUCAGCGAGACCGGCGCGGGCAAACACGUGCCCCGCGCCGUGUUCGUGGACCUGGAGCCCACCGUAGUGGACGAGGUGCGCACGGGAACGUACCGCCAGCUCUUCCACCCUGAGCAGCUGAUCACGGGCAAGGAGGAUGCCGCCAACAACUACGCUCGUGGCCACUACACCAUUGGCAAGGAGAUCGUCGACCUGGUGCUGGACCGCAUCCGCAAGCUGGCGGAUCAGUGCACGGGGCUGCAGGGCUUCCUGAUCUUCCACAGCUUUGGCGGUGGCACGGGCUCAGGCUUCACCUCGCUGCUCAUGGAGCGCCUCUCGGUCGACUACGGCAAGAAGUCCAAGCUGGAGUUCGCCAUCUACCCGGCGCCGCAGGUGUCCACCGCCGUGGUGGAGCCCUACAACUCCAUCCUCACCACCCACACCACCCUGGAGCACUCGGACUGCGCCUUCAUGGUCGACAACGAGGCUAUCUACGACAUCUGCCGCCGCAACCUGGACAUCGAGCGCCCCACCUACACCAACCUCAACCGCCUCAUCGGCCAGAUCGUCUCGUCCAUCACCGCCUCGCUGCGCUUCGACGGUGCCCUCAACGUCGACCUCACCGAGUUCCAGACCAACCUGGUGCCCUACCCGCGCAUCCAUUUCCCACUGGCGACCUACGCACCCGUCAUCUCGGCCGAGAAGGCCUACCACGAGCAGCUGUCCGUCGCCGAGAUCACCAACGCCUGCUUCGAGCCGGCCAACCAGAUGGUGAAGUGCGACCCCCGCCACGGCAAGUACAUGGCGUGCUGCAUGCUGUACCGCGGCGACGUCGUGCCCAAGGACGUCAACGCCGCCAUCGCCACCAUCAAGACCAAGCGCACCAUCCAGUUUGUCGACUGGUGCCCUACGGGCUUCAAGGUGGGCAUCAACUACCAGCCGCCUACCGUGGUGCCCGGGGGAGACCUGGCAAAGGUGCAGCGCGCCGUCUGCAUGCUCAGCAACACCACGGCCAUCGCCGAGGCCUGGGCUCGCCUGGACCACAAGUUCGACCUCAUGUACGCCAAGCGCGCCUUCGUGCACUGGUACGUGGGAGAGGGCAUGGAGGAGGGGGAGUUCUCGGAGGCUCGCGAGGAUCUGGCGGCGCUGGAGAAGGAUUACGAGGAGGUGGGCGUCGACUCUGUGGAGGGAGAGGGCGAGGAGGAGGGAGAGGAGUACUAGAGCCGGAGGCUCGUCCCUCUGUCGGCCAGUGGCCGGUGCUCCUUCAAGCAAAAGAAAAAAAAUUUGGUGUGUGUCCUACUUUUUCUAUCAAGCUCAUGGGGUUCGGAGUCCCACCUUUCUUUGUACCACUCAUAUUUGUGAGGCCCUAUUUUUCUGCUACAAGAGUCCUGUACAGUGUUCUUGUUCUUGAAAAUAAAUAAAGAGGUCACAUACCAACU